UAUAAACAGCCUGGCUCAUCCAAUCGACUAUCAAAUGACAGUCGAUGUUCUAGAGUUCACAGUUGGCAGCCAUUUUAGCCCAUUCGAGGCACGAUAGUAAAAGCAGUGUGUCGUAAGUGCGUACGGAAAAUUUGUGUCUACAAUCAGCUCCGAAAAACAAAAAUCAUGGCACCAGCAGCACUUCCGCUGAAGGCGGCUCCAUUCGAUCCGCGCUUCCCGAACACGAACCAGACUAAGUACUGCUACCAGAGCUAUUUGGACUUUCACCGCUGCGAAAAGGUGAAGGGCAAGGGCGGCAAAGUAUGCCAGUAUUUUAAAAAUGUGUACGCAGACUUGUGCCCAAACGCGUGGGUUGAGAAGUGGGACGGUCAGCGUUCGGAAGGAACCUUCCCAGGAAGGGUCUAAUCUGGGAUAGUGCCAGUUGUUGCACGACAGACACGCUCACCGCCGCACGCCCUAGCCUCGCUUUGAUCGUAAACGCACGAACAGAGCCGUUUACCGUUCGUUUAAAAUAGUGUUCAAAACAGCAUAGGUAAUAAACGAAAUUCUCAAAACAAAGAAAAAUAAUUGGCCUCGUAGAACCAAGUUUAUUGUUUUGUGAUUUUAAGUAAGAACUAGGAAACAUGUGCGGUUGAAAAAAUUAAAUAAAAGAAUCGCUGUUGCACAUAA